UGACCAAUAGCCCUCUCUUGUCUUUCAAGCUUACCUUCGUCUGUAAUAUUCGAUACCACUGAAUGGGGAAGUGCGCCUGUAGGCCUAUUCAGUAAGUUUUCUUUCAUUUACUGGUAUUGUGAAAAAAAAGCAAGUAGACCAUACUCUUUUAUUUUUCUUAUCUAGGCUAGUUUUCUCUCUUAUCCCUAUUUUUUUUAUUAAAGAAAGUCUGUUCCCUAAGGAAGUGAAGGAUCGCGGAAGUCUUUAGCCACCUAUUUCAUCAAAGCCCCUUACCCUUGCUUCUUUCCCUUUAAACUCUUUGGUACACGCUUUAUCGAGACUAGGAUUUCUGUCUUACAGUCUGCCGGGUGAAACCUAUACUCUUUGACCUACCCCAACAAGCAUUUUAGGCGAAUUCUUGUCCUUUCUACUCAAGGAAAUUGACAGCUAGGAUCCUAUUUGAUCGAUCGCUCAGCCUCUGUAGUCCACUCUUUCAAUAUAGGAAGUAGAGAAAAGGAUGCAAGCCCAAAGUCUAGGAAAAGCAUCUCAUUUCCUGGCAAAAAAGCAAUCCACUGUGUCGAGGAAGGGAAGAAAGGCUCUGCUUUUGGUAUUUAUUUAUCAAAGAAAGACACAUUUAAGCGAGCGUGGCAAGGGACUAAGCUUUUGUUGUCGCGGGAUAGUAAAAAGCAUUGGCGGAUGCUAGCUAGGCAUAUUUAUUAGUUUAGUUUGUUUACAAGUAGGAAUUCAAAGAUAGCUAUUUUAGAGAAAGACCGGAAUAGGCAGUCACAGAUGUAAGUAGAAGUUUUAGAAGCAGGUAAGGUUUAUGCACGACGAGAUAUGCUAGCUAGAGCUACUUGGUAGUAGAAGAGGAAUAGCUUGUGCUUUUCGCGGGAUAGCUUCUAAGUAUAGACAUUCACAGUAGGCACGAAUGGGAUAGUUUGAGUUGGUUUCUCGCCAAAUAGAUUCAAGGAUAACUCGAUUUGAUACUAAGUACGAGAAGGUGCUUAGAACACAUACGGGAUCAGAUAAGGCUAGCUGCUCUAGUAUUGGUAAUAAAUCUUACAAGGGAAUACUAGAUACACCAGUUGUGGUAAGUCAAUUCAUUCAGGAUGCUCGUAAGUCUCGUGAAUCCAAUAAUAGGGCUUUAGUAGAGGCGCGAAAGAAGAAAGAUCUAUUUCAGUAUCAUUAAAAAGCAGUUUGAUGCUCUGCAGCUCUUUUCAUGCUGUAGUUGUAGCCGGCCGUUCCUGGUUAGGAAGCUCGGUAUUAAGGUAUGAAAGUGAAAGUCGUUGAGGCAUGAAGACAAGUGUGGUACUAGACUAUGUAAUAUUGGACUCCCUAAUCAUAGUAAAAUCUCGCUUUCUGUCACUCGAGACCUUUCUCUGGGCCGGCGGGGGUUGGCUUCACCACGGAAUACUCGUACGAGUAUCAUCAGAUAGGAGUUAUACUGAAGAAGAGCUUUCAGUUUUGAUGUCCAGGAUGGGCUUCUGGUUCACUCCUUUAUUUCUUUCUUUUAGAGACAGGAUACGGAAAGAUGAUGCAGUAUUUUCAUAAAAGCAAUGUUUCCGAUAAAAAGAGUGGAAUUUGGUAAAGAGAACUCAGGGGGCGAUAGAUAGCCGCGUCUUUCAUAUUCUCCUCCUAUGCUCUCCGGAUCCCAAGCUGAGGUGGGCCAUUUGCUGAGAUUGGUUCGAAUACCUGCAAUAAGAUAGCGUGGAGCUUGAACACGAAGCAUGGGCAAGAAGAUGUGGAUGGGAGGGAGUGAGAUAGUUCCUCUGAUCGCGACAUUGCAUGCCGCGUAAUCUUUCAUAUACCAUGGCUGACUUUUCUAUAGUCUGGCUGACUUGUGGCUAUGGUCCACGCUUACUUCUAGUUUGAGAAGCAGAGGAACCGCUUAAGUGUCCAAUCGACAAGCUGACAGACGGGGUCCAUGUUGUCGGUAAGCACAACGGUGAUAUCACUGCUCCGUCCAUUUCUCAGUGGACGACUACCCGCCUCGGCAUCAAAGGAUGGCAUGGUGAGUUGCUUCCAUGCUUCGCCAUUUCGAAUUUGAUUUUGGUAAAGAUAUGGGAUGACAGAAAGCAAGUGCCUCUUGCUACACUCAGACCUCAUGAUGGACAGCCGGGCAACUGUGUUGCUUUUCUGACUGCACCUGUGCGCCCCGAUCACAUCAAUCUCGUGACAGCGGUACAGAUUCAUACUUGAUUUUUUUUUCUUAUUUUUACACCUUCUUUUAUUGCUUUACAUUGUUACUUACACCGGUCAUUGCUAAUACCAAUAUGAGACUGGCACUGGUGCGUACCUUACGUAACAAGUACUGUUGUGAGUGGCUGCCCUAAUUUAGCAAUUCUUAAACUAAAAUGUCUCACGUCCAGUUUCAUUGUUUUACACUUAGUAAAUGAUACUUCAGAUCCAGGUCCUGGAGAUCAAAGUAUGGUCAUCAACAAGGCAAGGCUGGCUCUUACCAAGUGACUCAGAAUCAUGGCAAUGCACACAAACCUUAGAUCUCAGAAGUUCAUCAGAGCCCCAGGCCUUUUCCACCAAGUGGCUGGGCUAGAAUCCAUAAGCUAAGCUAAUGAAAGGGUCACAUUCAAUAGAAACCAGCUCCCACGAGAGGAGCUUGUUAAAGUGGGAAAGCUACCUUCUGUUGGGGAUCCUUCCUCUGUUGAGCUAGGAACCUACCCACUUUGUAAAGCUUUUAUGAAAGCCACUCAAAACUACAACUAGACUACCAGUAUAGGAACCUAAUGGGCAAGAAGACCAACUAAUAGAAAGUUGAGUUUUUCAGUGAAGCCUACCUAAUAUUCUGUAGUUCCGUCACUUGCUCCGUUGUUUGCUACUAGCGCACUAUGGCUUUACUUGACCUUUCCUACAUCAGGCUUUAAGCCGUAUCUUGGAGCCCCUUACUAUGAACUAUGGGCACAGGGGAGGGGGGAUGAGCAAACAGAGGCCCUGACGCGCUACAGCUUUGGUUUCCAACUUGCUCUCGUCUCCUUCGUUCCUUUCUCUCUUGACAGUCGUCCUUACUUCGCUCGCCUCUCACCACACAGAAUGUUUUGGCAGAUGGUUAGCAAGCUAGGCAAGCUUUAGCUUUGAAAGAAAGUCUUUAGGAGUAAAGUGAUCUUGGCCGGUAAGGAAGAAGAGUUCAAUCUUCUAGUUUCGAUGCACAUCCCCCAACUUCCGUCCUUUCUUUUAUCGUAGAUAAGCCACAGUUGGAAAUUCUUGAAUUCUAUUCCGGGUGUUGAAACCUUUCUUUGACUCACACAUGUUUCUUCUUCAUUGCUGUUUGGAUAACAAGCUGUCAUCCUUGUUAAUAGGCUUGCCAUACCAGCAAGGUGGAGUAUGUGCACUCAGUUUGACUUUCUUCCUUUUUCUUUUACCGCUCUUUCGAAAUGGGUCACAGGAAUAGGGCUACCUUUUUAUAAAUAGACAGGUCAAGUCAUAAGAACAAGUAAGCGAAAAAAGGCAAGUGAGCCAAGAAUUGACACAAACUAGCCUAGAGAGAUCGAAAAGAAAGAUUAGGAACUAGCCAAUCCAUGGGUAUACCAAGAAGUUACAAAAGUAGUCCCUGUAAACCAACCCCCUAAAGCGAAAUAAGCACAAGGAAAGAGCAAUAGGCCGGACCAUCCUAUAAAAACGAAACGGUCCCUUCGUAACCAGUCGUCCAUAAUAUCAAAUAGAUCAUUUUCUAUCUUCCAACAAUCUUCUCUUUAUUAUUCCACGGGUGGAACAUAAGUGACACGAGCCAGUACGCGAGCGUAGGAAUGGAGCGAGCAAGAUUCCUUUGGACUUACUUUGGUUUUGCAUAUAUUAUCAUAUAGAAAGAAACGUAGCGAUUCCGUAUCUAGUUUGUGUCUUAUUAUUCAACCAUGGAUCGCUGCGCAGGAAUCAAAUCAACGAGAAAUACUAUACUAGACUAGACUAUACUAGAACUAGAAAUUUCAUCAACGAGAAAUACAAUACUAUACUAGAAAUUUCAUCAACGGGAAAUACAAUACUAUACUAGAAACUAGAACUAGACUAGACUAAAAAUUUCUAGUAGCGAAGGAAAAGCGUGAAACAAUGUCAUGUCGCGACUCGACAUGUUAGAAGGAGCUAAAUCAAUAGGUGCCGGAGCUGCUACAAUUGCUUUAGCGGGAGCUGCUGUCGGUAUUGGAAACGUCCUCAGUUCCUCGAUUCAUUCCGUGGCGCGAAAUCCUUCAUUGGCUAAACAAUCAUUUGGUAGGAACGGGCAAAUAAAGAAUUUCAUUUCGAAUUCCUCCUCCUUUUUUUAUUUUUUGAUAUGCAAAUAUCCUUCUUUGUUAUUGUUUAUAAAAGUUACCAUUUUUGUUGUGAUAAUAUAUUUGCGUUUUUUACUCCCCCUAGUGGGACUCGUCUCCCAUCUAGAUUUGGGAUUGUUGUCCAUUAUAAGUCUCCCGCCGGAGGUUCAAAGCCCACAGGCUCUAGCUCAUUUAGAAGGGCUCAACUUCUAUCUGAGCCUUUAUGACCAGGAUCCGGAGUGGGUUGCGUUCAUUCAGCAGGAGCUGAAUCACAACACCCCUCUGGAGGACAUUCCUGGGCGCCUACACUUAUUUUUAAUAGAGGAAAAGAUCUCGUGUUUACGACGAGAUCUUAUCCAAGAUUUCAUUUCGAUGUAUAAUAGAAGCGAAGCCGUACUUCCCCUCGAGCCCUACAUUUUGGAAGAGGCGGUUCGCUCCUAUUUAGAUCAUAUUCGUGGGACGGAGAAUAUUUCUAUUCUCCGUGCAGCUUAUCAAGAUCUGCAGGAGAAUGAAGGAUCCAUCUUCUUUUUGGAGGUGGUUUCGCACAACCAGGAUUACCUGGAUGCACAGACCACUUCCAGGAGGUGCCAUGAAUUGGCGCAAAGGAUCCUAUGGGAUGGAAUAGCCCGCAGCCAAGCUCAGCUCGAAAGGGCUGAGUAUGAGCAUGCGCUACUAUUGUUUCAAUAUGAAGAUCUCAAUAGGGGGCGGGGGCAUAUUUAAGCAUGCAUUCCUAUUUUUUUUUGAAGCAGCAAGCGCCUUUAUGUGACCUAACAGGACUUUUGAAUUAACUCAGUGAUUUUGCAGACGGAGGAGAGGAAAUGAAAGCAGAAGAAGUUAUCGAAACUCGGAACCACAUGUUCAAUCUUUUUUUAGCGGUUUCCCCAGAGAUCUUUCUCAUUAACGCAACCUUCAUUUUGCUCAUUCAUGGAGUUGUAUUUAGUACCUCUAAGAAAGAUGAUUAUCCACCGUUAGUUAGUAAUGUGGGUUGGCUUGGAUUACUUAGUGUUGCGCGCCUAGGAGGGCAGCGCGCUUGGGAUGCGGAGGAGCUAUUAUCGCCCAGCUCCCUAACCUAAUGCGGCCGGACCGCAGGGAACCUUAGCAUGGGGGGACGUCCUAAUCCUUUUGCCGCCGCAAGGCUGGCUAAUCGUACGCAGCAGGAGCAAGGGAACUCCCCUGGUUCAGGAAGGCACAUGAGUCCGAACGCUAUUAUGAAUGUGCGACCGACACUACACUACGUAGGUACCUGUGCAUGCAGGUGAGGCGUCGGUCGGUCCUAGAAACGGCGGCAGCUAGCGAGGAGUUAACGACCGGACGUGCUGCAACCUAGGGAUCACCAGGCAGCUCUUUCGCUCUAUAGGGAUAUCGGGGGGGGGCAUAGCACAAUUCUUCUUGGAGGAGGGUUGGUUUGCCCAGGUGACUGAUCCUGCCAUAAUAUACUCCCGCCAAUUCUAUUGCACCGGCAACCGAAGUCGAACAUACAUACGACGAUCUUCAUGCGUGAAGGGACGGGAGGAAAGAAAGGGCGGUAGAUGAUAAUGCGAAAGGGCGCCGCGUCUGGGCGGGCGGGCUGAAUGGAUGAGCGAAAGAUGCCAUGGAGUGGGGAAUAUCCCCAGUCUAAAGUUAUACAACUAAAUGCACUUCAAGGUGCUGCCGAGGAACUGGGGGACCUUCUCGAGCACAGGAUAGGCAAUUGAGAGAUAGAGUUAGCCUAUUCGUUAUGGGGAAUCAAUGCUCCGGACCGAAUAGUUACCUCCUUUUCUUUCUCUGGCGCAUAUUAGCUUAGCAGCGCUCAAAAGGCCCAGGUUGGUUUGUUUGGCUUCCUCUCUUAGGCCACUUUCCUUACCUUACUCCCGCAACACUCCCACUCCAAGCUACGCCUGCUGAGCAAGAUGCAUUGCGAUUUCCUCUUCUGUGGACGCACCUUCGCCUCACCAUGACCCGGGACGGGAAGAGAAAGACUUUGAUUUUUCCGGCGGGCUUGAUAGUAAAGCCAAAGAAAGACGCCCCAAGACAAGGUACAACUGUUGGGAAGGGGACAUGAUCAAUAGAACCCGGCUGGAUCCGGGCUGGGAUAGUGGCGCCCAUUCCUAACCAGUUCAGAAAAGGUUCGCUCAUGCUGGAGGUACUAACCACUUAGUGAUCGGUCCGCUAGUUCACGCAAAUCCGAAGAAGUUAUCACGGACGAGCCACAUGCAGGGAAACUUGCACGUGUGGUUCUGGCCGGGCUUUCCUUCGGUAUCUAAUAACCUUGCUUCUGCUCGCCGCUGGCGCACCUCUCCUAACUAUUGCCCAUUUAUUCUGGAAUCAUUUUUUUAGGAGGGACAAUUUUACAUAUUUCUGCCAAAUCCUUCUAUUAUUAAGUACGGCUGGUACCAUUUCGAUGUGUUUCGAUUCUUUCGAAAAAGAGAGGUUUGAUGCUUUUGAAUUCAUUGUAUUAAUUCCACUUCCUACUCGCAGUAUGCUCUUAAUGAUCCCGGCUCAUGAUUUAAUUGCCAUGUAUUUAGCUAUUGAGCUUCAAAGUUUAUGUUUUUAUGUGAUCGCAGCAUCAAAAAGAAAGUCUGAAUUUUCCACGGAAGCCGGCUCAAAAUAUUUGAUCUUAGGUGCAUUUCCCUCUGGAAUAUUAUUGUUCGGGUGCGACCGGACUACUACCGAUCAAUUUUUGGAAACUUCUUUAUAGACUUGUAGAGACCCUCUAUGUAGUUGUAAUUCUUGGGCAAUCGAUCUACUUUCCCCAUAGCCCUAAGGCAGUGUCUCGAUCUCCUACGUGCGAAAGAUAAGAUACGGGAGACGGGGUCCUAUGGUAUGGGUCUUCGACCCUUGGUCUAAUUCCACGACGGAGAGUCGGCGUGGCGUAAAGUGAAGAUUGGGGGGAAUAGAGCGAAAUCCCCGUCUGGGGUAUUCCGAAGGUGUAACCUAGGCAACGAAAAAGGGGCCCGAUACUUAAACUAAAGGAGCGACCUGUUGGUUCACCAAACCCCGACCCAGUGUCACACGUUCUCCAGGUCCGAAGGGAUCCAGUGCCCAACUACCGACUCCUCCCGGAAUUGCGUUAUCGGAGCCGAGCCAGGAAUAGCCGUUAGUGGACACCUACCACUUUUCACCGGUUAGAGAGGCCCUCUUUAAUACAUUAAGAAAAUAUGUUCACAGGGGCCAGAAAGACUCGGUCAUAGGAACUUAAACCACCUACGCGCUGGUAAACGAAAACCACCUCGACCGGAUCUACCGAACGAAGAAGGCCGCCCCGUCGAAAGAAUUAACACGCCAAAAGGGCCACCAGCUUUCCCCAAAAAAAGGGGAGAUCCGCUGCUUACUGCUCACGGAAA